CGCCAUGAGUACACUGCGGCGGGAAUAUUAAAAUCACAGUUCUCCCUAAAUAUGCCUCCAAUUAGAAAUGUUAGUGAUGGCAGGUCAUUUAAGGAAAGCCAGCCAGGACAGUACAUUUAUGACCCUAUGUUUUGUAUCCAUGGGGAUGACCGUGAGGAUGAGGAGAGUGUCCCAGACAUAUCCCAGCUACCAUUUCAAUCCUACUUGAAUACUCCUCAGAAAAGUCCUAAUAAUACAGAAGUUCUGGCUGUUACUCCUGAUGACAAGAAGAUUCGCAGUGCUGGCCAAAAUAAAACGCCAAGAACUAUGAUGAAAAUGAUGGAAAGACACAGAGAAAAUGAAAGGGUACGUCAUCACACGUUAAAUAAAAGUAUGAAGAAAGUGUGUGACAGAGUUCCUGGUUUAAGUCCAUUCAUGAAAGAAACAAAGGUUGUGAUGAUGCAAAGAAUUAUUGCCUACAUUUGUUACCUUGAGAAUACAAUUAGCUUUGUGUGUGGCCAUCUUGGUAUAAAACAACUAAGAAUGUCAACUAAUUUCAUUACAGAACAGUGGUCAGAACCUGCUGAGAAGAAAGAAGAAGCAAUGAUGAUAAAGCGCAAGGUGACUCCUAAAAAUAGUAAGAAGAUGUUAAUGGAGAAGAGAAGACAAAAGAUCUCAUCACCAACAAUAGAUUCAACAACAGAUGAUCUGUGUCAUACAAUUACUCAGGAAAUGGUAGCCAACUCUCAAGACUCACAAGGGGUAUCAUCAACCCUAAAAAUAAAUGAGGACAUAUUCCUUGAUGAUAAUGCAUGCUGUGUUCCUGAACAUUAUGAAGAUCCUUAUUUGAAUGAAGAUUUCCUGCCAUCUUCUUCAAAACUGGAUAAUUUUCCUGAUGCAUUUGAUCUGAUGUCUAGUCCUCUUGGUAAAAUACCACACCAUCAGACUAUAGAUAGUAGUGAUGAAUGUGGUAUAAGAGAAGAUAAGCAGGACAUGGAUAUUUGUGAAUCUCCUCUGAGAACCAUUUCUCCGGACUGUGUUCUAGCCACAACAUUAUCCCAGUCCUCAAAUCCUCCACCUACUCCUAAUAACUAUAGCAUAACUCCCACCAAGUAUAGAAACAAGAGAAAACAGAGUACACCCCAGAGAUCACCGUUUAAUGAUAUUUCUAAUGUCUCACCACACAGAAGACAAGCCCUGUCAUCACCAAGUGAUAGAAAAUGGAUGAGGACUGAAAGUAAAUUCUCAAAAGAAUGUCCAGUUGAUGAAGACUUUGUGUCGUAUGAACCUGAUAUUUAUAGAUUCCACAAAUCUUCUACAUCACGUAGGAAGAAAUGGGAUAUUGAAAAUCAACCUCCAAAUAGUCAAUCAAGUUCUACAGUAUCUUCAGUUUCAAAAGUAGAAAAAAUAGACCACAGAAAAACAACAUGGAUGAAUGGGUUUAUGAUGUUCAGUCGCUUGAAUAGAAGAUCUUUCAUUGAAUCUAACCCUGGUGUCCAUACUUCCCAAAUAAGUAAAAUGAUGGGUCAUGCUUGGAGGCAGAUGGCAUCAGAUGAUCAAUUACCUUAUAGAGAGAAAGCAAAAGAUUAUGCAUCUUCAAUGAAAAAUCUGUUGUGUGAUGAAUCUGUCUCAAGUGAUGACAACUAAAAACAUAUCUGAUCCAUUGUGGACAUUGAUAUAAAUGAUGUUUCUCAGGGUCAAUCCCUCCUACAGGAUAUGAAGUUUUUCUUGAUCUCUCCUACUAAUAGACUUUGAUGCAAUUGAUUUUGUUACUAUCCAUUAUUCAUAUGAUAAGACUUUGUAUUGAGAUUAUGCAUGAUAAUGCCCCUUGGUAGAAAUAUUCUAUACUUGAUGUUAGGGAGCCAGUAGUUAAGAAUUUAUAUGUUUUGUUAUAAUGAUCAUGUUUUCAUGGUCAAUAGUAAGAAAUAUUACUAGUCCUGUACAAAUUUAAAUUAUUUUAUGAUCCUACAUUUCCAAGAGCCAUCAGUGAAGUGGUGUUUAGACUUAGGAAUCUCAUUUAGAAUGUAGCAGUUCUUUUGAUAUUUAUAUACAUGUAUAGCUACAUAAUUUGUGACAUUAUAUUUUGAUGACAUUUGUCAUUUUUGGUAGAUACUUAGAUUUUUGGUGCCAAAACCAUUGUGGAUUUAAUUGUCACCUAACUAAUUGUUAUUAGGAAGUCAUAUUGCUUGA